GUGUUUAUUGUCUUGAUGCUGCUCCUUUUUCUCUAUAUUAAUAAGAAGUUCUGUUUUGAAAAUGUUGGAGGGUUUCCAGAUCUUGGUUCAGGAUACAAUACAAGGACGAAUUCACAAGAUAAAAUGUAUAAUUCCUACAUGGACAGAGAUGAGCCUGGUUCAUCCUCUGAAAGUGAAGAUGAAGCGCUGGGUAAAUAUCACGAGGCCUUAUCCAGAACACACAAUUCCAGGUGGCCAUUGGUAGAUUCUAGACAAAAGAGCUAUGCCUGGGAAACAAGGCAGAAGUAUAGCCCCCUGUCUGCAGAGUACGACGGGUACAGCACCGAGGCAUCCAUGGAGGACGGAAACUGCAUUCAGAGAAUGAGGAGGACACCUCCAUUGGAUGAGCUGCAGCCGCCACCCUACCAAGAUGAUAGUGGUUCUCCUCACCUUUCAUGCACACCUUCAGAAAUCGGGGAUGCCAAGUGUGAGAUUUCCCACUGCAGCAACAGCCCACGGUGUUCUUUCAACAAGUGCCCCAGUGAAGGAAGCACAGGGCACGAAGCUGAGAGCUAUCACAAUAAAGGAUAUGAAGAUGACGUCCCUAGCGACAGCACAGCAGUCCUUAGCCCUGAAGACAUGUCAGCUCAAGGAUCCUCCUCACGGCUUCCUAAACCUUUUGAUCCAGAGCCAGAAGCUAAAUAUGGCACAUUGGAUGUGACUUUCGACUAUGACUCUGAAAGACAGAAGCUUCUGGUAACAGUGACAGCUGUCACAGACAUUCCAACAUAUAACAGGACAGGUGGCAACUCGUGGCAGGUACACCUUGUUCUUCUACCUAUAAAAAAACAGAGAGCCAAAACCAGCAUCCAGAGAGGACCAUGCCCCGUCUUCACAGAAACAUUCAAAUUUAACCACGUUGAAUCCGAGAUGAUUGGAAACUAUGCAGUUAGGUUUAGACUAUAUGGUGUCCAUCGCAUGAAGAAAGAAAAGAUUGUGGGGGAAAAGAUUUUUUAUUUAACAAAGUUGAACCUUCAAGGGAAAAUGUCGUUACCAGUGAUACUGGAACCUUCGUACAGUCCUUCUGGCUGUGACUCUCAGGUGAGCUUGUCUGAGGUAUCCUGUGGUGACAGUACGUCCUCCUGUCAGUCUCUUGAACAUGGCUCUGUUCCAGAAAUCCUCAUUGGGCUCCUUUACAAUGCCACCACUGGAAGACUAUCAGCAGAAGUGAUCAAAGGCAGCCACUUCAAAAACCUGGCAGCAAACAGACCACCCAAUGGACUGUUCUGUUGUCUAAAACACUUGAUAGGUGGACAGGUUUAUAUAAUCCGAGAUACAUAUGUUAAGUUAACACUGCUGAAUUCCAUGGGCCAAGAGAUGUCCAAAUGCAAGACAUCCACCCGCAGAGGGCAGCCAAAUCCAGUGUACAAGGAAACUUUUGUUUUUCAAGUGGCCUUGUUUCAGCUUUCUGACGUGACUCUGAUACUGUCUGUGUAUAACAAGCGCAGCAUGAAAAGGAAGGAGAUGAUAGGCUGGAUUUCCUUAGGUCUGAACAGCUCUGGGGAGGAGGAGCUCAGACACUGGACUGCAAUGAAGGAGUCGAAGGGACAGCAAGUGUGCAGGUGGCAUGCACUGCUGGAGUCCUGAGGAAGCCGCCUGCUGCCUAAGCCCAGCACUGCCUCAGAGGAGCCGUUCCCUGCAGAGUCCUCGUCAACACCCUACCCUACCACAACGCUUCAGUGAAAGAUGGUCCAGUGCUGAGCUGAGGGGAAAGAAGCUUUGUCUCUGGUAGAGCGAGCUCACACGAGAAACCAAGAAACUUGUGUCCUUGAUGUUCAACAGCCCUCCAGAAAUUGAAUUGCAUACUUUUUAUGUGAACUUGAUUUUCUUAGCGAAAGAACUAGGAAUUCCAUGGAGAUUGUGGCUUUAAACCAGAGUUUCCAUUGCAGCACUACGUGUCAUCUCCCACAUGCUGUCCAUAAGGCAUUUCAGUGGUCAGUCUUUGGGUGGAUCUCAGUGAGUACAGUCUUGUCGCAAGGUGCAGGUUCACUCACACUAAUGAUAGUUUCAUUUCAGAUACGGUCUCUCUGUGCCUCAGCCUUUCUCAGUACUAACCCAAAUGCAAAAUUCCCUGAAGGACAGUUUAAGGCUGAUCUGUUUGACGUUUAUUCCUUUACCUCCUCUUUUUUCCCCUGACCCAAAGAGACCAUGCCCCUAUGAUCCCGAGCAGACCUUUAUGACUGUACUGCAGAAUUUCAUAACUUUAUGUUCCAGCCCUCUGUGUACCGUGUGUCCCAGUGUAGAAAAUGGUAGAGCAGAGCUGUCAUUUGGAAUUGCUUUCGGUGGUCAGUCUUUACAGCUAUAUGAUAUGGCAGACACGGUAGAUAGCUGUUGAAAUUGGAAGACAACUCUAGUUAAAGGAAUUUUGACUAUCUGUUCUGAUUGUCUAGUCUCCAACAGGAGUAAAACAGGUAGCAUUCAAAACAGAAGCUCCUGGAGUCCUUCCUCACUCACUCCCACUUCUUUGUGGUUCAGUUUUAUUCCAGUUAAAAUCAUUCUGAGAUAUCCCCUGUGCUCUAGUGACUUGUGCUAUGUUCUGUGAUGUUUUCAGCAUGAUGUCACCCUGUGCCUUCCAUGCAAGCUGACCUUGCUUACACAGCUGGGAAGCCAUAGUUGUGAGUUUGGCCUUUAGAACUCAUAGGUGUGAAACUCCUUGGCAGUCCUAUGGCCUUGCCCUGCUCUGCAGGAAGCUAGGCCAUGCACUGUGCUGGCCUCCAUUCUGCAAGCAUUUUCCUGUCGUAUUUUCAUAUUUAGAAACUACAGGACAGCUGGAAAUAGUGUAAGCUAUUUUCUUUUUAAUUUUCUUCUUAACAAAAUUUUAUGCAUAUACUUUAUUAGAGUGUUUUCUAUAUGUGAAAAUAUUUUCCUUUUGUUCUUUCUCAUUUCUAGUUAAACUAGACAAACGCAUACCAUUUACCAAUUAGUGAAAAGCUAUAUCAUGGUUCCAAUCCCAGCUGAGCACUUCGGAUUGUUACUGUGAACUAGAACUCAUCAGUACCAAACUAGCAGAGUUGUGCGCUGACUUACUAAAAUGUGGCAGUACUGAAAGGCCUUAAGAAACCCCAAAAGACUUCUACAUUUUUACCUUAAAAGAAGGCACCUUUAUACUUUCAAACUCAGCAUUUUAAGGAAAAGAAAAUGUAAAUAAGAUGCACAGAGUUGGUUUUAAAAUGGAAGUUUCAGAUCCCAGCAUGGUGGCUAGCAUUUAGGAGGCUGAGGCAGGAGGAUUGCUGUGAGCUUGAGGCUAGCCUG